UGGCCUAUAAAAAUGAGAAGCCCCUUGCUCUCUCUCCAAGCUCCUCUCCCAGCCCUCAAAACACCCACUUCACCAUCUUAACCUUUGCUCUUCACUUUCAACUGUCUCUCUCUGCAAACUCACAGAUCUACUAGAUACGGCGGGUAUGGCGUAUUUUCUGAAAAAACCCAUCAAAAUCCAUCUACCCAUAGAGGAGGCUUAGAAGCUAAGCAACACAACCCACCACCAGUUGCCUAUAAAAAAGACCUCCUCUCCCAGCCCUCAACAAACACACUUCACCAUCUUAACCUUUACUCUUCACUUUCAACUCUCUCUCUCUCCCUCUCUGCAAACUCACAGAUCUACUAGAUACGGCGGGUAUGGCGUCGUCUUCUCCAAUUGCUCCCUUGAUUUGCCACAACUUGGCCGAAAUGCUACUCAAACAACUCCGAUCUCAUCCGCUUGCCCUCUACCCCAAAAUGAACCAUGACCUCGUAGCGGGUAACCCGGUUGCCCGUGCACCCGAACCUUUGGCCGCAGCCUUCGGACCCAAGUCAAAAACCGGUGACCCGGUUGACCGUAGUGCCAAAACAACCCGAUACUACAUGGUCCUCCAGACCGCCGGAGACAAGGCUCUUAGCCCAGAAAGCAUCCGAGUGAUGGACGUCACCGACCCGAUUCCGAAGGGCUGUAUGGUCAAAGCUCGCGCCUUUUGCUCCGGUGUUGCCUUCAACUUCAAUUUCUCGGCGGCGGACAAGUUCGACUUCAUGAAGCUUUGCGUGAUAUCGAGUGAUGAUGGAGACCGCACGAUGAUUGAUCUGGAUCGGGUCAGUAACUCCGAAAUACCCGACCCGAACAUCAUACACAGCCUGGCGAGUUCGGCGGCGAUGAAGGCACUGGUGUCGUCCGCGAAGAAGAUCAACCUCGCUGAAUUUGUGGGUCGUGUGGGUGACUACGUCGCCACCAAAUUCGGCGAGGAGAAGAAAACCGAGUACCUGAAGAUGUUGACUUCUAGUGGACUCGGAAGUUUGGACUCGGUGGAGAUAUGGCACAUGUUGACUCUGCAAGACCGAGUUAUGGAGGCAGUGAUGGAAAGCGUCCGAGUGGGGCUGUUUAUGAAAAUGCCCAUAACCAUUGACAUGCCAAUGCCAUCCACCGCCUCCAUGACCCACCCAACUCCCCUGGCAUUGGGGUGGAAGGUGGGUUGCUCUUCAGCUAAAGGGUUGAAGCACAGGCCUUGCAUUCCAGACCUCAACCAAGUUGCAGUGGACCUACUGGAGGAGGAGGAGGAGGAGGAGGAGACUGAUAGAAGUAGUGUUGUUGGUGAGGUGGAGGGAAGCAAUGCCAAGAAAAGGAAGGUGGAGGAGGCUGCUGGAGAAGAAGCACAGGCUGAGGUGCCCAAAACAGCUGACUGAGUAUGAUGGUUUAAUUUUGCACUUGCUCAGUUGAGUAAUUUUUGUACGGUGGUGUGCUUGAAGCAGGGGACUCUGACUCUUCAGACUGAUGACCAAUUCCAAUACGCCCUUUUGUACUUUUAGCUUUUUAAGUUUUUUUUUUGGGUCAAAUAGCUUUUUAAUUUUUAUGUGUGAAUAACUUGCUCUGUUUUGUGCAAGUUUGGAAAUUUCCGGUGGAAUUUGUGUAUUUACUAUCUUAGGAAUUUCACAAAUUUGCUGCUGGCCUAGGUCAAUGCCGGAGAAAAGCUUAGAUGAGAUGUAUUGAUUACGUAUACAACCGGAGAUAGGGAAGUUUUUCUCCUGACAAACGUCCAGGCCAUAAGUUUUUGCGUACAGCUUUGUUUGGUUGUGUUGUUAUUAUUAGAGUUGCUUCUGUUUGGUUGGGAUAAAGUUGAACCAAAUCCUUGGUUCUGUUUUGUUGGUAGUAAAAACUACAAAGAGUGAGAAACGGU